ACUAACGUGUGCUAAUGUUUUCUGUUUUCUAGUUCAAGGUUGUGGUUCUAUGUAUACGUUUCGUGCACAACAUAACCUCAUAUUUUUAUCAACUACACCUCGAGUAGGUUUUUUGUGUGUUUAGUUUUCCUUUAACAAAAUGUGGGAAAUUUUUCAACUUUUAUUUAUUAGUAUUAUUAUACCUCAGUUGGGAUAUGCAUAUUCCUCUGAAGAAUCUCCAGCUAGCAAAACAGUAGGACAGGCUACAAUUGGAAAAGCAGUUUCUCCAGAUGAAUUUCCAUAUCAGGUAUCACUGCAUACAUCAUUCAAUGGUGACGAAUUUUUUUGUGGAGGAAUUGCUGUUUCAAAUAGCACAGUGUUGACUCCAGGUCAAUGUUUGUACUACGAUUGGGGUGGUCAAAUGCCACACCUUGUUGUAAUAGUACAUACAGGUAUCAGCAGUUUAAAUGAUAAGCCAUUAUCGAAGUAUGAAGUAUCUGAAAUUACCUAUCAUCCAAAGUUCAAUAAGAUGCAGAUUGGUAACAACUUAGCACUUCUGAAGAUUAGCACACAAUCGCAGUCUGAUAACAGUUCGAUUGUACUUGACUACGUCUUAUUAGCAGAAUCAUUCAGCCAAAGUUCUAAUAGUACUGAAAACUGUACUAUUGUUGGGUGGAACAAGGAAACGAGAGACCUUAGAUCGAUGGAUGUGAAUAUAGUGAGCUGCAACAGUAGCUCCUCAAAUGCCAUGUGUAUACAAAAAGUGGAUGCAGAAAGUGCCAUGUGCAAUAUGUCAUUGGGAAGUUCCUUGAUAUGUGAUGAUAAGUUAGUUGGAAUAUUAACGAUGCAAUCCUAUUGUAAUUCAUCGUUGCCUUAUACAAUUGUUGAAAACAUUAUACCUGAAAAAGAUUGGUUGCUUACAAAUGGUGCCAUAUCUUACAACUCUAAUCUAAUUUCCAUAGGGUUUUACUUCUUUGCAUUCCAUUUGAUAACCAAAAAAUUGUUAGUAGAUUAAAAAAUUCUCAAAAUCUAUUCAUUGUGAUAUUUUAUGUAAAUACUCAUUAUUGCCGAACACCGCACUAUUCUGAUGAGCUUCUAAACUAAAUCCAAAAUAUGUUGUACGAGUACCGUAUAUUCCGUCCGAUAUUGGAGACCAUAAAAAAAACGAAUUUAUUAUCCAAUAUGAAACACUGGGUGCCAUGUUAUCACGAAUGUUGAGAGAUCAUUACGAAGAAAUUUUUUACAUGCUUAAUUGUAAAGAUUCAAACUAUAUAUUCUUCAAUAGGUAGUUGCCGUACGGUCCGCGCAUGAAUCUUGCUUAUAUGUAUUUAGUAAAUUGUUUUUUGAUAAUGCGGAUUACUACCAGUGAAGAAUUAUUUAUAAAGUGGCAACUAAUUUUUUGAGGAUCUAAAGCUCAAUUUCACACACACCGACGAUUUGAACCGUUGAUGACUCGAGUUCAGCAUUCGGUUAAGUUUAUAAUGCUGUUGAAAUUGUACAUCAUCCAAUGGAAUGUCGUAUUCAAUCAAAUCCUUAUAUACCCUUCCUGGGUAUGUGAAAGUAGUUUUUCUACCCUCCUGAAAAAUAUAUUCCAACAGAUGCAUCAGGCUUUUUUUGUAUUGCAAGCUUCAGUUGUGCAAAGCUUGCUAAAGAGCAAGUUAAGCGUGGGUAAUAAAAUUACAUUUAUCCUGAUACGACAUUCGUGGACUUGUUCAUCUUCGCGUACAAAAUACGAAAUUGUUAAACUACAUAUAAACUGCAAUCUGACCAUACUUGACUCUUAUUUUCAUUGUUGAAUGUUGAAUUAGAUCUUUUUAAUAUACUUUGAUAAAAAAUAA